AUGAUCCUUGGCUCGGUGACUAGCGCACGGGCGCGGGACGCGGCACGCGCGGGGCUUGUCCUCGCGGCUAGGGCAUGCACAUGCUUGCUCGGUGCCUUGGCACGAAAUUCAGUGAAGAUUACAUUAUUGGCCAAGAAAGACGGGAUUCAAUCGUGUCUUGAUAGGCCCUCGCUCUCUUCGUCAUUGUCCUUGAAAAGCUAUAUUUGCUCUUCGUAUAUAGAGGAUCAGUCCAGCAGCAUUGUUGAUUUUCGUGCUAUCACAGCUUCAGCAUCUGGAAUUCAAUCAUUGUUGCCUUCAUUUACAAGAUACCGAACAAUGUGGUCAUUAGAUCUGCUCAUGAACAAACUUCUGAAAACAUAUGAAAAAAAUUUCGAAGGCCUUGCUGGAAUUCAAUUUAAUUUUGUUGGGGCGUAUCAUAUGCAACAGUCUUCAAGCAAUGACCUGCACAAAAGUUCUGUUCUUUCGCACUUCGUUGAUAAGUUUUCCGUAAGAUUUACAUACUGCACAGUUACAUUAGGAGCAAAUCCAGAUUUUUCUGUUGAGACAUUUUAUAAGGACCAGUUGCCAAAUGAUCUGGUAAGGGUAAAUAUGCUGUUUCGUGAAGCUCGUAAAGCUGGAAUAUGUAUAGAGUGCAGAUCGGUUAGUGCGGAAAACAUUUCUGACUUUAUCUUGUCUGGAAAGUAUGUUGCUAUUGCUCUAGUCGAUCAGUAUAAACUAAGUCAAUCGAAACUAGAGGAUGUUUGUGUUCCAGACUUCUAUGGUGGCAACCCAGGUUACACUGGUCAUUACGUUGUUAUCUGUGGUUAUGAUGCGGUUACACACGAGUUCGAGAUUCGAGAUCCUGCCAGCUCAAUGAAACAUGUGAAGGUUUCUUCAUGGUGUUUGGAACAGGCUCAUAAGUCUUUUGGUACUGAUGAGGAUCUUCUACUGAUUUCACUUGAGAAGGGAGACCAGGGCAACUCGUUGGGUUUCUGCCCCUUGUGACGUGUUUUCAACCCUAUGCUUUGAUAUUUACUCAUGUCAUUGUUGAAACUGGAAUCAUUCUUGUAUUAUUGUUGAGGUCUCGUAUAUUGGUUGAGCUCUCCCUUCAUUUCGAGCAUAUGUCGUGUCUUGGGAUUUUACCUGUACAUGUAUGAUUGAUUGUAUAUAGCCCCAAUUCCAUAUGAUUUGAGCUUCCUCCCAUAAUUAUAGUUACUCAAAUAACAGUGUAAGAUUUUGUGGUGUUGUACAAUACGGUUGUAAUGAGCAGGGUAAUAUACUAUGUGAUGGUGCCAUGUCAGUCGUAAUGAGGAUCAACGUGAAUGUACAAUAUUAUUAUGCGCUA